GUAUGACUAUGAUUUAAAUAAUCACCUCUUUUGCUAUUGUUAUGUGCUGUGUGUUGAAAAUCUCACUCCAUUUGGAAUGAAUAAGGACAGCUUACCUAAGCCUCUUUUUAGCAAAUACAGAGACAAAUCUGUUAUGACAAGAUUGUUUCAUAUGAUCACAAAAAAGAUAGGUAUGUCAUUGCCAACCAUUUUAACUAUAUAUACUCCCUAAAUAUUUUCCUCUCAUCUAUUUUAUUCCUCCUAACUUACAGGUCAAAAUUAAAACCGUUAUUUUUCAAUAGUAGGGCUAAAUUUAGUACCAACUUAUAAGAAAAUGACCUCAUAACAAACUGUGUCCUUCUCUCAUUUCUUGUCUUCCUCUUCCAUUGAGUUCUUAACUCGCUUUGGUUCGGCUCCAACAAUGGCUGCCGAAGCACCCCCCGGGGUGGAGCGACAAAGAGUUUCGGUGGUGGAGGAUGAUAGCUCGGUAGAGAAUAGCUCUGUUGAAUCAGAAGAAGAAGAAGAUGAUGAUUUUGAAUUCAUAAACCAAGGAGAUGAUGAGGAGCUAAACACAAACCAUUGUAUUGAUCAAAUGAGUAGGAAGAAAAAGAAAGCAUUGUUGGAAUUUAGAUGCAGAGUUGAAGAUUCAAUCUUGGGUAAUUAUCUCAUUGAAAAACCACCCAAAUCUCUAUCUCAAGAAGAGAGCAUUAAACAAAGAGCUAUUCUUAAAGAAACUACUCUUUGGGGUAUUCCUCUAUUGCCUAGUAAAUCCCAUGAAGGAACUGAUUUUGUGCUACUAAAAUUCUUAAAGGCCAAAGAUUUUAAAGUCAAUGAGGCAUUUAAUAUGCUAAGAAGGACAUUGAAAUGGAGAAUUGAGUACAAAACAAAUCAAAUCAUUGAUGAAAAAUUAUGCCCUUUUGUUGAUAUUGAAAAUGGUAAUAAUAAGGUUUUUUACUACAAUAGUGUUGACAAACAAGGUAGGCCUUUGUGUUAUCAUAGUUACGAGGCUUUUAAAGAUGAGAAAUUUUGUAGAGAUGUUUUUGGGUCUCAAGAGAAAUUUAAUGAUUUGUUGAGGUGGAGAAUUCAAGUUCUUGAAAAGGGCAUUGAAAAGCUUAGUUUCAAGAAUGGUGGGGUGAGCUCUAUUCUCCAAAUUAUUGACUUGAAAAACUCUCCUGGACCAGCCAUGAAGGAGCUUGGGAUGUUUACUAAGAAAGCUUUGCUUCUUCUCCAAGAUAACUACCCUGAGCUCAUACAUAAAAAUAUUAUAAUUAAUGUUCCAUUUUGGUACUAUGUGGUACACAUUCUAAGAUCAAGAUUCUUAACUCUCAAGACAAAACAGAAGUUUGUAUUUGCAAGAUCAUCAGAAGUUACAAAGACCCUUCUCAAGUUUAUAGCAGCAGAGAAUAUUCCAGUUGAGUAUGGUGGGCUUAAAAGAGAGAACGAUAAAGAUUUCUCUCCUUUAGACGAAGCAGCAGUGCUAAAGAUUAAAGGAAACACAACUGUUUAUGUAAAAUUUCCAGUCUCAGAGGUUGGUUUAACAAUGGUGUGGGAUUUCACUGUGGUUGGAUGGGAUGUAUCAUAUAAGGAAGAGUUCAUUCCUGAUGAUGAAGGCUCUUAUAAGAUUCUUCUUCAAAAUCAAAAUCACCAUAAGAAGAGGUUUGAAGAUCAUCAUAUUCAUAAUUACAGUGUUAGAAAUUCUUUUUAUAUUAAUGAACCUGGAAAAAUAUGUAUUACUAUUCAUAAUCCUCAUUACAAAAAAAAGACUCUUCUAUAUAGAUCUAAAGCCAACCCUACUAUUCCCAUGUACAUCCUUUUCAAAAAAUAAUACUAAUAGUCAUUUCUAUUUUUCUAUUCUUGCAUUAAUUAAAUGUAUUAUUAACUCUUUUUUGGACAUCAUCUUAAUGAAUUGUAAUUUAUUA